UGGCUAGUUAUCAUGGGGAAACAAACGAGAUGAGCCUUUCUUCUAUUCUUCUUCCUUCUCUUCCUACCAAUUACAAGCUUUACUCCUUCAACAACAUUAAUAAUAUCAAUGGCUUCUCCUCCUCAUCAAAGUCUAUUUCCAUUCAUCAACCCCGUAGAUUCUCCUUCCAAGUUGUCAAUGACUCCAAUAGAACAGAGUUAUCUACUGAAGAUGCAACAGCAAUGGAAAAAUCAGAUGGUGAUAAACUGGUAGAUGAAAUGGAUUUUGGGGAACUUUGCGAUGAAUUUGAAUGCAUUAGCAGCCCUUCUGUUGAAGCUACUGCUAGGCAACUUGUUAGAGAUAUUCUUGAGCUUCGUGAAGGCAAUCGUGCCCUUGGUACCUUUGCUGUGUCUGUCAAGUACAAGGAUCCAGUCAGAAGUUUCACGGGGCGAGAGAAGUACAAGAGACCACUGUGGAUAACUGACGCACUACAGAAUCCUAAACCGAGUGUGCAAGAAAUGGUGAUGUUAUCAACAAGUGUGUUGAAUAUUAAGUGGACAAUAAAAGGAAAACCGAAGUCUUUGCUUGCUAGCAUAGGAGGGGGUCUGAUCAUCAAAGUGAACUCAAGAUUCACUUUGAAUCAAAUUAGUGGGCAAGUAGUUGAGCAUGAAGAGCAGUGGGAUAUAUCAGGAUCAUCCAUCAUUGCUCAAGCUUAUUUCUGGGCAUCGCGACGACUCUUUGCCACUGUUGAAGCUGGAAAAGAUGUUGCUGAUUUUGUCAAGGACUUGAAUUCUAAAUCUGCUGAAGAGAAUAAGGACAUGGAUGUCUAUCCUGACCCUUAUGGUGAUCCAGCAAAGUUCUUUCAAAGGGAUGACAGCUUUCAGAGGGAUUUUUACCAAAUUGCAUUGCUCCUGGCAGUCAUAUAUUUUGUUGUACAGUUCUUGAGGACAACUUUAUGAGACCAUUCCCCGAAUUGCUAUAAGCUUUGUAUAAUUGUAAUUAUUAAUUGAUGUUUGUAUCUAAAUACAUACUUGAGGAAUAUAUCAUAUCAAAUUUUAUUGUGUC